UAGCUUCCAACCAACUUCUCCUCGUCUUCUCCGCCGCUCUCUCUCUUCUCUCUGUUAUUUUCCCUCCAUUCAUUUCCGUCAUCAAUCAUUUCCUUCCUCUCUGUUUCUCUCCGAAUCAUCUCCAGAGACAAAGAAACAAGAGAACAAUGGCUUCUGCUUUCCUCUCCAACACCACCAUCUCUUUCUCUUCUUCCCUCUCUUCCUCCCCUCUUCCUCGUCUUCUCCCUUCCAUUUCUUCCUCCCCGAUUCGUUUUAAAUCAAACCCAAGACGAAUCCUGACCGUCCGAUCCAAGAUCAGGGAGAUUUUUAUGCCCGCACUUAGUUCCACAAUGACUGAGGGCAAGAUCGUCUCAUGGGUUAAAUCCGAAGGCGAUAAGCUCUCCAAGGGCGAAAGCGUCGUCGUUGUCGAAUCCGACAAGGCCGACAUGGAUGUCGAGACUUUCUAUGACGGCAUUCUCGCUGCUAUCGUUGUUGGGGAAGGCGAAACUGCCCCUGUUGGCGCCGCCAUUGGUAUCCUUGCUGAGACUGAAGAUGAAAUUGCCGAGGCUAAAGCCAAAGCUGCCUCGAAAUCAGGUGCUUCAACCCCAUCUGCUCCUCCUCCUUCUCCAGCUCCGGCUGCUACUUCAACUCCAGCUCCCCCGAAGCCAGCGCCGGCUCCCGCGCCUGCGCCAGUUGCGGAGGGACCGAGGAAGACCGUUGCGACACCACACGCAAAGAAGUUAGCGAAGCAGCACAAGGUGGAUAUUGAAUCCGCGGUGGGAACAGGGCCGUAUGGUAGGAUUACCUCUGCCGAUAUCGAGGCAGCCGCCGGGAUCGUGCCUUCGAAGACAAAUGUGGGACCUGCAGUGGUCGUUGAAACUACGCCUGCUGCUCCACCGAAAGCUACAGCUGCUGCUGCCGCCCCAUCUAGCUUGCCUCCUCCAGUUCCGGGGUCUACGGUAGUGCCAUUUACGACAAUGCAGGCUGCCGUUUCGAAGAACAUGGUGGAGAGUCUUUCAGUGCCCACAUUUCGAGUGGGGUAUCCGGUGACUACAGAUGCGCUUGAUGCCUUGUAUGAGAAGGUGAAGCCUAAGGGUGUGACAAUGACUGCUCUGUUAGCGAAAGCUGCUGCAAUGGCACUUGCGCAGCACCCUGUUGUGAAUGCAAGUUGCAAAGAUGGCAAGAGUUUUACUUACAAUAGUAACAUCAACAUAGCAGUAGCUGUGGCUAUCAAUGGUGGCUUGAUUACCCCUGUUCUUCAGGAUGCAGAUAAGUUGGAUUUGUAUCUAUUGUCUCAAAAAUGGAAAGAGCUGGUGGAAAAAGCCCGGGCAAAGCAGCUUCAGCCUCUAGAGUAUAAUUCAGGGACAUUCACUCUGUCCAAUCUGGGCAUGUUUGGAGUGGACAGGUUUGAUGCCAUUCUUCCCCCAGGACAGGGAGCUAUCAUGGCUGUUGGAGCAUCAAAGCCAACUGUUGUAGCUGAUGCUGAUGGAUUCUUCAGUGUGAAAAACAAAAUGCUGGUGAAUGUAACUGCUGAUCACCGUAUUGUCUAUGGUGCUGAUUUGGCUGCCUUCCUUCAGACCUUCUCAAAGAUUGUUGAGAACCCAGAAAGCCUGACUUUGUAGAUGAUGCUGAGAUGUUUAUGCAAUGAAGUCACACUGAGUAUUCUAAUUUGGCCACUAAGAAGAGAUAAUUUUCUCUCUAUUUAAACAGAUUGCCUAGCUAAGGUGCUGUUUUUUUCUUUUUUGUAGCAGUCCAUUGUGUUUGUAUUCCAUUUUGUUUUCUUUUUAAGGAUUUCAGGUACCAUUUCAGAUACAGUUGAGUUAGAUUUUGAAAGAAAGGAAUAACAACUUGGAAGUUUUUGACAGAAUGAAA